AUGAGGUUGCAGCCUCAUGAUCGUCCCGACAUUAUAUCAAGAGUUUUUAAAAUUAAGUUGGAUGAGUUGUUGUUUGAUUUGACUAAGAAGCAUGUCUUAGGGAGAGUGGUUGCAUAUAUGUACACGAUUGAGUUCCAAAAGAGAGGUUUACCACAUGCUCAUAUUUUGCUAUUAAUGCAUCCGCAAAGCAAGUAUCCCACUCCCGAUGACAUAAACAACAUUAUUUCAGCAGAGAUACCAUCAAAAGAAGAUGAUAUGCAAUUGUAUCAUCUGGUGAAGACACAUAUGAUACACGGUAUGUGUGGUUUGGCAAACAUGAUGUCACCUUGCAUGAAAAACGCAAAAUGCUCUAAAUUCUUUCCAAAAAAAUGGCAGUCUCAGACUAUAGUUGAUAAGGAUGGAUAUCCUGUGUACAGGAGGAGGGAUACUGGAAAUACAGUUAUGAAAAAGAACGUUGUUCUUGAUAACAUAUUUGUUGUUCCUUACAAUCCAUAUCUGUUGAAGAAAUUUCAAGCUCACAUCAAUAUGGAAUGGUGUAAUCAAGGUACUUCCGUUAAGUACUUAUUUAAAUAUAUAAACAAGGGGUAUGACAGAAUUACCGCGGCUGUCGUAGAAGGAGACAAUGACGGUCCUUCGACCACUAAAAAUGGCGAUGAAAUCAAGAGACCGCGUAAGAAAGGGCAUACCAUUGGAAGACUUAUAUGGGUUCCUCCAAGUACCGGUGAGUUGUAUUACCUAAGAAUGAUGCUGACUGUUGCAAAAGGGCCAACAUGCUACGAGGAUAUAAAAGAGGUCGGUGGAAUUGUUCGGGACAGUUUUAGAGAUGCAUGUUUUGAAAUGGGAUUUCUUAAUGAUGACAAGGAAUAUGUUGCAGCCAUUAACGAGGCGAAAGAUUGGGGUUCAGGACAUUUUUUGAGAAAGUUAUUUUUCACUAUGCUACUAUCCGGUACAAUUAAUAGACCGCGUCAUGUUUGGCAUAAAACUUGGAAGACGUUGUCCGACGGUAUUUUGCACCGACAAAGACAGUUAACUAAUAUAAGAGAUAUGCAGUUAAUAGAAGCUGAGUUGAAAAACUUGACACUCAUUGAGAUUGAGAAUAUGUUGCAAUCCAAUCGAAGAAGUUUGCACGAAUUCAAAGACAUGCCUUACCCGGAUGUUUAUGUCACACGACACGUUGGCAACAGACUGAUUUACGAAGAAUAUGAUUACAAUGCCGAAACUGAGCGAGAAAACUUCAACAAUCUCUUUCGUGCCCUUACAGAUGAACAACGCUCAAUCUUUGAAAAAAAAUCAUGGAAGUUGUCGGGAAACAAAAGAGGAGGGGUCUUUUUUUUACAUGGUUAUGGAGGGACCGGUAAAAAUUUCAUGUGGAGGACACUAUCAAGUGCACUUCGUUCGAAGAAAAAAAUUGUGCUUGCUGUUGCUUCAAGCGGUAUAGCUUUAUUAUUAUUGCCAGGUGGACGAAUUGCUCAUUCAAAGUUCAAAAUUCCUGUGCCAACACUCGACAACUCCACUUGCAAUAUUGACAAAAACACAGAACAUUCUCAGUUAUUCGAGACAACGGAUGUGAUAAUAUGGGAUGAAGCACCUAUGGCUCAUAAAAAUUGCUUUGAGGCAUUGGAUAGAACACUUAAAAUCUUCGGCGGCAAAGUUGUUGUUUUCGGAGGAGACUUCAGACAGAUUCUUCCAGUUGUUCCGAGAGCAGGGCGUUCUGAUAUUGAAAGCGAUAAUACAAGUUCUAAGGAAUUAGCGGAGUUCUCAAAAUGGAUUUUAAAUGUUGGUGAUGGAGAAGAGAAAGAGUAUCUUAGUUACGAUUCAAUUGAUAGAACUGAUACGAGUUAUACUGAAGCUUAUGAAGUGCUAACUCCAGAAUUUCUUAGCAAACUGAGAACAUCAGGUUUACCAAAUCAUAGAAUCAAAUUGAAAGUUGGUACUCCCAUUAUGCUUAUGAGAAAUUUGGACCAAUCAGAUGGAUUGUGCAAUGGAACAAGAUUGAUUGUUACAAGAUUGGUCAAUCAUGUCAUUGAGGCAAAAAUUAUUUCUGACAAGAACAUAGGUCAGUCUCUUGAUAGUGUUGGGUUGUAUUUGCCUUCUCUUGUUUUUAGUCAUGGACAACUUUAUGUUGCAAUUUCAAUAGUUACUACUAAAAAUGGUCUUAAAAUCUUAAUACACGACAAAGAGAAUGUUUCGUGCUCCACUACUACAAAUGUUGUAUACAAGGAGGUUUUCCAAUCACUUUGUUAG